CACAAGACUUAAUGUCAACACAUGAUAUAGCAAAAGCUGGACUACAAAAACUCAGAAAUUGAAGGAUUUCUUGAUGAUUUUCCCCCAUAUAAUAAUUGUUUGAUGAAAUUUGAUAGUCAUUUUCGAGUUGUUUAGAGAGAUGUGAAAAGGAAAUAAAAGAAAAAGACAAUGCAUUUACCUCGGCUCUCUCUAUGUAUUCUUGUCACAUUAUUUAUAUUGUUGGAUUUUGUUCAUGGCUUCUCCAACAACAAAGUAAUUGAUUCACAAACCUUGACGGACGACAUUCGAUAACCGUUGAUGCAAAUGGAAAUGGGGACUUCAAAUCUGUGCAGGCUGCCAUUGAUCAUAUCCCAAACAGGAAUUCUAAAUGGAUUAUGAUUCAUGUUGCCAAGGGAGUUUAUAGGGAAAAGGUUAAAAUACCUCGUAGCAAGCCUUAUAUAUUCAUGAGAGGUGAAGGAAGCGGGAAGACAUCAAUCGUGUGGUCCCGAAGCUCAGCCGACGACUACGAGUCAGCCACGUUCAAAGUCGAAGCCAAAAAUUUCAUCGCAUACGGUAUCACCUUCAAGAACGCAGCUCCAACGGCCAUCGAUCGCACCAAACAGAACAAAGCAGUGGCGGUCGUGGUGGGCGCAGACAAGGCUGCAUUCUACCAUUGUUCAUUCAUCAGCAACCUUAACACCCUCUUCGACGCAAGGGGCCGCCACUACUACGGCGCUUGUUACGUCCAGGGCACUGUCGAUGUCAUCUUCGGACACGGCCAGUCCAUGUUCCACGAAUGCGAGGUUUUCGUGGUCCCGAACUUGAGAUCGGAGAUUAGGGGUUCGAUCACCGCUAGCCACAAGCAGAGGGGUAACGCGACGGGCGGAUUCGCGUUGGUGAAGAGCAAAGUUUAUGGUGUUGAUAAUAAUGUGUAUUUAGGAAGGGCUAAAGGGGCACAUUCCACUGUAGUUUAUGCUGACACAUAUUUGUCAGACAGUGUUGUCUCUCAUGGAUGGACUGAUUGGAGCUAUCCACACAGUAAAGAAAACGUGCACCUUGCGGAGUACAACUGUCACGGACCGGGUGCUGCUACCCACAAACGGACCAAUUGGUCGAAGCAGCUGAGCUAUGAAGACGCUUUGCGCUUCAUGACCGUCGAUUUCAUCAACGGGAAGGAUUGGCUUCCUGCGUGGCUGUGAAACCGAGCAAACAAAACGUUGUCAGAUCGAGUAACUAAAACACCAUCCCCAUU